AUGGACUCACCACAGAAGCCCAAAACGCUUGGGUUGCUCCCAACCGCCAGUUUAUAUCAAGUCAUGGUGAGAGAUGGCAUGUAUCCCCUGACCGAACAAGCUCUGGAGUCGGGCAUGUGUAUGGUGGCAGUCUAUGACGUAAUGAAUCAACAGUAUGUUUUGUAUGUCCCACAUUCCCCGGCUUAUCCCUACGUGAAAUACUUUUGUGUAAAGCAUAUGAUGAAUACAAUUUCUUACAAGACGAACCCUUCUACGCUGCCUGCCCACCUCGACUGGAUGAUGGCCAAUAUUGUUUUUAAGUUUAGAAACAUCUUUAAAUCGCCCCUGGUGGUCAAAACGCGCCCUCGUGAUGCUGCAGAGUGGCUAGAUCCCCCCACCGACAUAUCCGUAGAUGAGUAUUGGGCCUGGCUUCAAAACGUCGAAACAAAGAUGGGGGUGGGUACCCACACCACCACCAAUGAGAACCAACUCGAUCCUCCUGAACGACAGCGACUUCACGACAUUAUGAAGCAAAGAGCGGCAAAUGCUAUUGCGCAGAAUGAGGACAUUGAUAUCAUUCAAUUUUACAACCAGUCUUUACGAACAGUCUACAACGAAAACAAGAUGCGGAGGAACGAAAAAUUGCGUGAUGACUUUCUGGACAUGGUGCAUACUAAAAAGGGUGUGGAACUGAUCGAUGCUAUUUUGGAAAUCAUGGUAAAAGAACCUUGGGCUAGUAUAGAGAAUAUGAUGUCUCUGAAAGAUCGAGACAUGGAGCAGGCAGUCACGCAAUACCUCGAUACCGCCAAGCAAGUCCAUGAAAUCAUAGAUGGAUUUGAAAUUAGUGAAUUAACCCACGAGCAGUUUAUUAGGACUAUAUUUGAUACUGAGGAGUUUAUGAAUGGAUUAUUAGAACCAUUUAUCAUGUCCUCGACCUUGAUGUCUUCCACGUUUGUAAGGAGGGUAAUGGACGAGUUGACAACCAAGAGAUCCCAGAGCAUUCCCCAUAUUAUGUAUAGGUACUAUCGCCAAACUUACGUCGGGAUCUCGAAUCUACGACCCAUAAUUUAUACGGACACAUUUCUGGAAAGUUCUCCUGUGAGAAGACACUGCUCUCUGCGGGCAAUUCUCGCGGCUUACAAUAAGGUAGAAAUGGAUGGGGAAAAGGCAGUGGAAAAGCAUGUUGAAAUGGCCAGGUCUUUUUUGAAUGCACGGCUCCCGAUCACAACGUGGACUGUUGGGGAUUUGCAGGACUUAAUGACGUAUCACGAAAGGCAAAGGCAAAUGUUUGCAAGUAUGCUCAAUCAAUUUAACACGCGAGUGCUAUCGACAGACCAAGAACGAAUCAUGGGUCUCCACGAAACUUGGGGCGAGUGGGCUCGAUACGUGAAUGGAAUUGGGGUCGACAGAGUAGACUUGGUCCGGUUCGGACUGACUAUACAAGAGAUAAUGGCCCGCAUCACUGAUGUACUGGGUCAAUAUGAAGAGCCCUCAAAAAACAUGAUCGUUAGCGAGCUAAUCUUGAAAUCCAUCUCUAAAGCUCUAUCAAAUUCCGAAGACCCAUGGAAAGUGAUAACCAAGCAACGACUAGAAACCCUCAAUGAAUUGGGCCUAUGUGCCGCUGAACUACAUCGCAUAUCUACAUCCCCAAUAAUUGACACUGAUGAGGUAUUACCCCCAGAUUGGCAAGGCUGGCCGGCUGAAUACGUGUCCCCCACUGAAGCAGUGGAUUCGUCUAGAUUUUGGCUGAACGAAGCUGAAGUGAAAAUAUGGGACGAAAAAGUGCGCAAAAUGGAUUUUGCUGACAAUCAGCACCCCAUGUCUGGCAAGAAAGACAGCUUUGUCUUUAUCACUUGGGGCCUCGCCAAACACGUGGCCCCAUUCCUUUACAACACAUCAGUACAUGCGCAGUGGAAGAAGGUCGAAAAGGCUGUGGAGUCCCUUGAAGAACAGGUGAGGAAUACGCAAAAGUAUUAUGACGAUAUUAUGGAGAUUCUAAGAAAGUACCCGUCCGGUGUAGAGAUGACCUAUAAUGCGCAGUUUAAUUUGGCAAAAAAACUGUGUAAGGUCAAGGAUAAUGAGCGGGACGUCUCUAAAUGGUGGUUUGGGCUCUGCACGUGUCUUGCUGAUGAGGGCGUCGAAUUGUACAACCGACUGUGUAAUACGCUGGGCCGAUAUGAAGAAACAUUUAGAAAGUUUGUAGAGCUGAUGGCUCAUUGGACGGUGGGCAUUGUGCCCGGCGACCAUGUGGAACAGCAGAGUAAGCUCGUUAAUCUCUUAGUGGGCGAAAUUGGUCAAUCUCCCUGUGUAAACAUGGGUCUAUUACAAAUUGGCGGACUUUUGACAAAAUCUAUCGCAAACCAUAUUGACACAUGGCGCAAAAGCGAUCCGGUAGCAAGUACGUUUGACAUCCCAACUGUAGGACUCCUUGUGACCUACGAAAACGAACCGACUAAGAGGAUAGAUUCGACAGAUUAUGCGAAAUAUUCCCCUCCUACGUUACGCGCUUACAUUGAACAGAUCCGCCAUGUUUACCACGACUCCAUGGUAGUAAAUGAGGUGGCCCAGUGGCUGCAGGAUAAGCCGGGGUGUGCAUGGCGAGUGUCCGAUUCCAAGGAAUUAGAGGCUAGCAAAAAGUUUGGGCAACAUGAUGUCAUCAGGCGUUACGUCACCCUUGCCAUCAUGCAUAUAUUUUCACUUCCCGCCCUGUUAUUAACCGACUAUAGUGUGCUAACAACCGAGGAAAACAUGAGAUUCGUACUUCACGAUUUUGUCACUGCUCUACAACCUUACAUCUGCUUGAGUCGUCACUAUGGUGAAACCAAUGACAGAGAUGCCGUGGGGGCGUUAUAUAUGAUGGGAAGUCCCUCCCAGAUGGUAGGCGUGGACCCUCCAGAUAUUCUCCCCGCCUCAGAUCGUAGCGGAAAAGACAUUCAACUCGAAACAUGGCGGCGCGUUGCGAGCGUCACAAAGAGACAUGUCGAGAUGGACUCGACUCCCAUUAAACUUUAUUUGGAAACGGUUCGCGAGUUUGUCUGCGACAGAUUCGUGACAGAGUUUUACCCAAAAGAAGUGAAUCGUUUGUUAAACGCCACAAAACUUAACGAACAUGAAACGGUCUGCUUGUUCCUGGAUAGCAGUAACAAUCUCAUGACGGCGUUACAGCCUAGAUGGUUUACCUUAAUUGACCUUGUCAACCACAUACCCGAUUUAUCGGCGAAUGAGAGAAUUGCGCAGAUUGCCUUCAUAAGAGACGUAGAUGCUGAGCCCAUGUAUCAACCCAUCGUUACCACCCCUACCGAAACGGUCCCCCCGUAUGAUACUAUCACAGUGUCUGAAAAUUGGAGCGGACAUGGUGUGGAUAUUGGAGAAGACAAUACGUUACUGGGAGAGGAAUCUAUGGAUGUAGAUGUGUAUUUGGACACGGAUGUAGUAACCGAAACCACCACAUCUGAACCGUUAGGAACAGCUGUUGGUUCUAGAGUUGGCCAGGACGUCAACCUGCGCCUUUCCGACGAAAUCAUUGAGAGCGAACGGUUCAUCGACUACUAUACUCAACAUCUGAUUGAAGCCGAUUUGAUCGCUGAUCCGAGACAUCAGCCCAUUUUCUGGGGUCUUCGUAGCAUGGAAGCCCGCCGAGCUACCUUUCGAGGCCACGAGGCCAAGUUCGCUCUUAGUGUCGACACCUUGAGCUGGUACGGACAAGCCAAGUACGGAACCAGUGGAGACACAACAAUCUGCAUGUCAUGCGGUCUCGUGCUUCACCAAUGGGAACCAAAUGACCAGCCAUUCUUCGAACACGUGCGUCAUAUGAAGCGUACUGUAGAUCGGCGCUGUUUACUUGUUAAUUUAUUGGAGGCCAAGUAUCCGGUUCUCGUCCACAAACCGAUUUCUAACGUCGCCUUAACCAUGAUCGAAUGUUAUCCACCCGUAGAGCUCUUACACCCGGCCACAGCUCCACUAACGUGCCGCAAAGUACCAUCGGUGACUCAAGACGACGUGCAGGCCAUGCUUAAUCAACCGUGCCUUCACACGUAUGUGGAAAGCAACCCGCUACAGCAAUUUAUUGGCGAGCAUACGAUUCUCAACAUCAUUGAAUGCGGGAUGCCGGGAAUCCUCACAACUAACGAAUUUCAAGACGAAAUGAUGAGAGUGACUACAGCUGCAGGCAUUGGAGACCUGUCUGACCUGGAAGAGAAGUCUAAACUCCGAAAGAUUAUCUACAAGAACUACUAG